AUGUCUUCAAGCACUAUCGGGUCAACACAAUGGAUGCCAGAAGUGCGAUGUUGGUGCGGCGAGGUUGCUCCGGUAAAGAUGUCAUGGAGUACUGCGAAUCCAGGGAAGAGAUAUAGAGCUUGUCCACAUUAUGGAGGCAACGGCAAUUGUUGGUAUUUUGAGUGGAUUGACAACGAUGUCUCCGAGCGUGUUUCCAGAGUCAUUAGAGGGCUAUUGAAAAGGUUGGAUAAGAAGGAGAUGGAAAUCCAAGAGUUACAAACACUUAUUGAAAAAGAAAAUGUUGCCCUUGUUUGUGUGGGAAUUGGGAUGGAAACUAGUGAACAAAGUCCCAAGCUUUUCCAGUUGAAGUAG